AUGAGCUUACAACCAGCCAAAGACCCCGAGGCUGGCAACGCCAAGCCUGAUUCAGAGACCAUCGCCCGUAUGUCGAUUGACGACGGAGAGGUGGUUGAGAAAAUUGCCAUAGAUACUAUCAACGCCGAGUCGGAGUACACAGUCGAGGAGUACAGGCGGCUGCUAUGGAAGAUCGACCUGUGGCUACUGCCGCUGAUGUGGUUAUGCUACGGCACACAACAAGCCGACAAAACUGCUGUCAGUGUGCAAGCCGUUUUUGGCAUGCAGGAAGACACCAACCUCCACGGACAGCAAUUCUCCUGGCUAACGACAAUUUUCUACAUAUCCUACAUGGUUUCCGAAGCGCCGGGUAACUACCUGAUGCAGAAGUUCAACAUGGGAAGAUUUCUUGGGGUUUGCAUGUUUCUUUGGGGUAUUGUUGUGCUAUGUAUUGGUUUCGCACACAACUGGGCUGGCCUGAUGGUCCUGCGUGCCCUCCAAGGCAUGUUUGAAUGCACCAUCUCACCGACGUUCCUCAUCAUCACCGGGUCCUGGUACACCUCACGCGAACACACCAUGCGCUCCAUCAUCUGGGGCACUGCGAACUCAGGCAUGAGCGUCGUCACAGGCCUGAUCAACUACGCCAUCGGCAAACACGCGGACAGUCAUCCGGGCGGACUGGCUGCUUGGAAAGGCAUCUCCUUCUUUCUCGGUGGCCUGACCAUUGUGCUAGCCGUACUGACGUUCUUCAUCUUGGGUACGCCAAGAGAGGUCAAGUGGCUCUCAGAGCGCGAGAAACGCAUGGCGGCUGCAAGAGUUGUCUCGAACCAGACGGGGUCAGAUAGACAGAAGAGGACGAAGUGGAAAUGGAGCCAGGUCGCGACGACGUUCAAGGAUCCUCAGACGUACUUCUUCUUUCUGACGACCACCGCGAACGCAAUUCCGAAUGGAGGCGUCACGACUUUCGGAAACUUGGUGUACAAGUCUUUCGGCUUCAGUUCGGAGGAGACACUGAUCAAAGGGACGAUUCCGCAGCAUGCCGUGUCGAUUCUUUGGUUCCUGCUAGUGGGCUAUGUGACAAUGAAGAAGCCCAACCUGCGGUUCUUCUUCAUGAUAGUAUCUCUAGCCCCGGCAUUCGCUGGCAUGCUCGCGCUUGCACUGCUUCCAAAGUCGGGAUAUCUCUGGGUACGCUGGGGACUAUACUUGAUGACUGUCACAGGGAACUUGCCAGGUCUUCUGAUCUGGACUAUGCUUCCCUCCAACGUCGCCGGUCGCACCAAAAAGUCCGUUACCGCUACAGUUUUGUUCGUGUCAUACUGCACCGGCAACGCCAUCGGUGCCCAAGUCUUCCAAGCCAAAGAUGCACCUCGAUACAUUCCUGGAUUGACAGUUUGUGCCAUACUGUUUGGCGUUGAAGCAGUUUUGAUGAGCCUUUGGAGAUUGCACUAUUCUGUGCAGAACAGACGUCGUGCGAAGAAAAUUGCGGAAAGCGGACUCAGCGAAGAAGAAUGUCGCCGCCAGGGCUUGCUAAAUGCAGAAGAUGACAUGACUGAUUUUGACAACAUUCAUUUUGUUUAUCAGCUCUGA